AUGUUGUUCAUUUAUCUUUUAGUUACAGCCACUUUGGCAAACGCGAACGAUUUGUUUGGAACAUGGACCACCAAAUCUCGUGAUGUUCUCACUGGUCCAGGAUUCUAUGAUCCACUCAACGACCAGCUGAUCGAGCCGAAUCUAACGGGAAUUUCAUAUUCGUUUGAUGAUGAUGGGAAUUAUGAAUCCGCAUAUUAUCGGGCAAUUUCAAAUCCCACCGACCCAUCGUGCCCGGGAGGAAUAAUGCAAUGGCAACAUGGGUCUUAUACUGUGUUCGGCAACGGUACUCUGAUAUUGACUCCAAUUGCUGUAGAUGGUCGUCAGCUACUGUCGGAUCCCUGCCGGAAGCAGUCAGGCCGCUACACACGAUAUAACACCACUGAAGAGUUCAAGGAAGCCAAAGUGGACAUUGACAAGUUCAAUCGCAUUAAACGCCUCGAUUUGACCAGGGCUGAUGGUUCACUCGUCAAUCCCAUGUUCCUCGCCUACCAGCCACCAAAGAUGCUCCCUACCACAACAUUGAACCCCACGCCAACAGGGAAUAAGCGAAAGCGAGAGCUAUCCUCAACAUCAGGAUUUCAGCUGACCGUUAGAGAACAGCUGAUAAACCCAGACCGAUGGUGGUGGUUGGGUGUUCUGAUGACAUCUCUUGGAGGAGUAGCUUUCUUCUGCUCAUGA